UGCGCCAAGAACAGGCACCUUGGAUGGCAUCAGGUUCAAAUACCACUUCCAAACUGCGAUCGGAGACAGUUCCAACAUUAAUCCACGGUGGCAAGUAAGUGAUGAAAGACUCCCGGCUUAUUAGGUGGUUUUAACGGCGCAAUCAUUUCCUGAUCUCUCGCUUCUGGCAGGUUUAGUCUCGUAGUUUUCUGCUUUGUGCCGUUCAAAAUAGCACUCGGAAGUUUUUAUUCUGUUUUAAAGUGGAUGUAAGAUUUGUCUCAACAUUUUGGCAUGGGAUGCUUUUGAUGACGUAGUCAUGGUGGGUUCUUAGUGUUUUCAACUUCAUUUCGAGAAAAUUAUGACCGUCAUUUCGCAGAAUUUAAACUUUCGGUGGAUUUUGUUACAUGAUGACGUCGGCAAUGCAGUGAUUGUGCUGGGUUUCUAGCUUCGCGUUUUGAAAGUUGCACCAAUCGGAAGUUGAUUACAAACACCGUACUACUAGCAACAUAAAUAUGAACAAAACAUUCGACAUGAAUUCAACAUUUCACAUGAACUCAACAUUCCACAUGAACUAAACUUUCGACAUGAACUCAACUUUUGAUGCGACCACACCAUUCGGCAUGACCACACUAGUCGACAUGAACACAGCGGUCACGAACGACACCAACACAACGAUGUCAACAACUUCUGCACCAUCUACCGGCUGGCAAUGGCAGGACAUAUGCAAAGUGAUAGUUGGCAUUGUUGGUAUCAUCGGUAACUCACUCGUCAUCGCAGUCUACACCAGCAAAAGAAAACGAAAAAACACCACAAAUGUCCUUAUCCUUGCCUUGGCAAUCGCCGAUUUGAUCAGCUCAAUUUUUUUCAUUCCUCUACCGGUUCCAGCAUAUGUACCCCAAAACGCAUGGGGUGAGAUUUACUGCCGGGUUAUACACACUAAAGCUAUACAGUGGAUGUCAAUAGAGGCGUCGGUGUACACAUUGACUCUGCUCUCUAUUGAGCGCUACAUGGCCGUCGUACACCCCGUUCGUUACAGGGUGAUAUUUCGCGAAUCACGUCCUCGACGUUUCGUCUGGGUAAUCUGGCUCUUUGCUCUAAUCGUCAAGUCAUUUAACUUCUACAACACCAUUAUCGUGGAUAACGUUUGCAUCUAUAUUGAGUUCCCGAAAGGAUUCAAUGUUUUCCUGGGUAUUGGUGUUGCUCUGGUUGAGUAUUUUAUACCUAUCAUUGUGAUGAUUGUAACUAACACAGUGACGAUAAGAGCUUUGAGAGCCCAGGCGCGUAAUCUACAACUGCAUGGCUCGAACCACAACGCGAAGGAAAGAGGCCCGGCUCAGUCGGUGCUCCGAACCCGCCGGAAGAUCAUCCAUGUGGUCCUCAUUGUUAUUAUCUCCUUCAUUGUUUGUUGGACACCAAACCAGAUAUCACUUCUUCUCAUCAACCUCGACAUCUUAUCCGUUCAAACUUAUUUCUUUAGCGACACCCACCAGGCGUUUAUUAUUCUUGCCUUCACAAACAGCUGCGCCAAUCCCAUCAUCUACACGUUCAAAAAUAAAAACUUCAGGGACUCCAUGGUGCAGCUUUUUGUACGUAAAACCAACAGGGUGUCUGAUGAUGGUAAUGAUGAUACGGCCGGUGGUAGCGACCCCACAGCUGGUGUCAAUACUAUCAGUAAAACAACGGGUACACGGGCUGGAACGCGCCAACCGCCACCGGCAUUGGCAGAUGAUAAGUCGUACAAUACUGAAGUGGUCGAAUAAGGAAACAGAACUGACGUCAUGGUGACGUCACACACCAAAGCCAUAGGAUGCACUGUAAUGAUCCAAGCACAUUGUGUGUCUAGAACUUGUCAAAGGUCAACACUGUGAUGGAAUCUAUUUAUUCUCUUCAGUUAAUGGCAGAUUUUAAAGAAAAUCGUAUUGUAUUUAUUUUAGAAAAAUGCAGUAUUUGAUUGAAUUUGGAUAUAAAGACACUGAUUUCCUUGGCCUGUUUUGGGGAGAAAGUCGACGCAACGGUGAUGGAAAAACCCUGUCUGAUUACAUGACAUUUCAGGCUAGCUUAGUCAGGGUUUGGCACCCAAGCGUCUACGGAUAUAAAGUUGAUGGCCUUUUCUCAUGUGGUAAAAUCUAUUUAUUCUCUUCAGAUAUGAAGAAGAUUUUAAAGAAAAUCGUAUUUAUAUUGUUUU